CUGGGAGUGGCAGGAAGAAGGAGAGGUUAGAAGACAAAGAGGAAGCUCAAGGAGGAAAAGGCAGCUAUACGCAAUUCAGGAUUUGCCUAACUUUUCAUACAGCAUCCUUCCAUCUAGCAGCAUGGCCGAGGGAUCAGUGUCAUUAGAAGAUGUGAAGACCUCCUUCCAGAAGUUUGCAGUCCAUGGGGACACCAAAGCCACAGGGAAGGAGAUGAAUGGCAAGAAUUUUGCUAAGCUUUGCAAAGACUGCCACAUCACCGAUGGGAAGAAUGUCACUACCACAGAUGUUGACAUAGUUUUCAGCAAAGUCAAGGCAAAGUCAGCUCGUGUAAUCACGUUUGAACAGUUUAACCAGGCCCUGACGGAGUUGGCUCCCAAGCGGUUUAAAGGCAAGAACCAAGAGGAAUCUCUUCAGCAACUUUAUGGUCUCAUUGUUGGGAAAGACCCUGCCAACGUUGGUAUCACUAAAGCUGCCAAGGCAGGAGCCGUGGACAGAUUGACUGACGUCUCUAAGUAUACUGGUUCACACAAGGAGCGGUUUGAUGAGGCAGGGAAAGGAAAAGGAAAGGCUGGACGCGAGGACAUGCCAGACACCAGCGGUUAUGUGGCAGCUUACAAGGGCAGUGGCACUUAUGAUGACAAAGUCAAAGAGGCAUAAUACUGCCAGCAAUUAUGAUGUCACAGUUUCACCAAUAACUAAAUCACUAAACAGAAGGCGAUGCCUGUUUGAUUUUGGAAGACAAAACAAAUUUGUUACUAUAGGAAUUUCAUGGCGUAUACAGCAUGUACAAUUAAUAGUGUUCUGUUUUGGUAUGUUUGUCUGUUUGUUAACAUUACAGCAAAACUAUUACUGAUUAUUACCAAAUUUGCUCAAAAGAUGGCCAGUGACCCUUACAUAUUUUUGGCCAUAUCUCAGCUGAAAAAAGACAGAUCAUCCUUAUUUGUUGCAGUAAGAAGCAUAUCACUAUGGUCCAUGGACAUGUAAUAAACAAAAGAAAAUGACCAUAAAAUGAAAGUUUUAGUUCAACUUUUUAAACCUUGGAAAAUUAGUGGCAUGGACAAUAGGACCUAUGUGUUCUCAGUGUGUUCUCGGUGAUUCAGUGUUUGGAGAGUGACAUUUUUGUGAGACAGACAACAUUCAAAUCAGCUAAAAUGUCUCCUGGGGGCAGGGUUUGUUAUGCCGGGCACCAUUUAUUUUCUGCUGGAAACAAAACACAAACUACAUGCUUCAUAUUGUUACUCUGCUUUGCUAUAUACACUGUGCCUUACUAAAUAUAUAGCCACUUGUGUGAAUGCUUUGAUAUCCUGCUAUGCUCUGUUACCCUGAUGCAAAGGCUAAAAACUUAGCUGGUUUCAAGAAUGAAAUUAUAUAAGUAGCUGCUCAGCAAGCUUUUCAUUUUAUAUUUCAGUGCCUUUGUUACAUGACCAAUCAGUGCCCAUUAUUUUCAUUAUAGUUUCAUAGAAUUAAAUUAAUAUUUUUCACAGUCUAUUUAGAAAAAAAUAUAAUAUAUAAGCAGCAAAGAACAUAGUCUUGCCUUCUUUAUUUAUUAAUUAAUAAACAAACAAAAAAAAACCCCACACCAAGCAGUGAAGAACAAAGUUAAACGUGAUACCACUGAUGCUAAAACAUAUAAAAUACUCUUAGAUAAUCUUUUCUUUCUUAUAAUAAAUGGAACUUCAAAUCCUCUUAUUAUGUGUCCUUUCAUUAUGUUUUGUCUUUUUGGGUGUCAUGAAUAAACAAUGUCCAUUUUCACCCUGAAUGGAAAUGCAUUUCAAAGUCGCGAUUGUAAAAAUCUAAAUAAAUACCCAAAAUGAUUCAAAUGAUACCAUACAUGGGAAUAUAGUUGCUUGUUUUACAUUUGCUGAAAUGCAAUAUCAGAGAACAGAAAAAAAAAGUCCAGGAUGCUUUCAUAUUGGAACAUAUGGUGCUUAAGAAAUUAUAUAUGUAAUAUAUGUGAUAUAUAUCAUAUGUAUAUACUACAGCAUGUUUCCAGAAGAGAAUGGCUGUGUUUUAAAUACAAACGGUGAUUCAGUCACUUGCCAAAUCUUUGAAAUGUAAAUGAUACAAAUAUAAUACAUAAAAUGUUGA